AUGGCUCAGCAAAGCAUUCCCACUCCCAUGCCGGCCAAAUGCCACAUCCUCACCAUCCCCGCCGAGCUCCGCCUUUGCAUCUACGAUGCCCUCCUCAACGACCUCGUAGCCGAUCUGACCGCACAAUCCCAGCUUUCCAGUCCCGAACAGCAGCAGGCGCAGGCCGUCUACCCCGUGAGAGCUGCUAAGCUUCCCGCCCUCAGCAUUCAGAUUCCAGCGCUCUUCUCCACCUGUCGUCUUCUCUUCUCCGAAGGGAUCGCCGCUUAUCACGACAAACUUACGGGUUUGAAGAACGAUCUGGAAGCGGAGUUGAAACUUGUCAGUGCGAGGCUUCUCCAUCUGAUCCGGCAUUACAAGGCGGGCAUGACGACCGGGGCGGAGUACAAGGGUUUGAUCCUUCGGAAUAAGGAGAUUUCGAGGUUGAUGGAGGCUGUUACGACUUGGAUUGAGAAGUUGGAUGGAUGA